AAAUCAGUCUCGUGAUAAUCGUGCGACCGACAGGGUAUGUGCUAGCGGCGUGUGUGUUGUGUGCAUUUUGAUUGUUUUUUUUACGAUGAUUACGUGCUAGUGCAACGAAAAUUGUGAUCAUGGAAACAAGAUUAGUGAUUUCUAAUUUAACUCAUUUACCCGGUCCAUUUUAAUUUCACUUAUUUAUUUAUUUCGCGAGUUUUUAAAAGUCAUAAAUUUAUGCCCAGUGAAUGUGGUGGUGGUUGUGUUCGCCGAAUCCUCUGCACCUAAUUGCUGGAUUAAGUUUUUUAGUGAACUACGUUAGUGUUACCAUGAAUUGGAUACUACCUUCUUCCAUAAUCUUCGUAUUGAUCUAUCAGGCCAUGAGUUCGGGAGUGUUCGAACUACGAUUGAAGUCUUUUCGGAACGAGCAGGGCAGGGAUAAUCUGCGACGGUGUUGUAGUGGUGAAAAGUCGGACUUGUGCGCGUCGCCCUGCCGGACUAAGUUUCGCGUUUGCCUGAAGCACUACCAAGCGACGGUCGACACCACCUCCGGGUGUACUUUCGGUAAUUUUUGGACUCCAGUCCUCGGUGAAAAUAGUGUCGAGAUCGGUGAUACCACCAUCCAAGGAUUUACUAACCCCAUGAAGUUCCCCUUCGAGUUUGCCUGGCCUGGGACAUUCUCGUUAAUUGUCGAGGCCUGGCAUGAUACGAAUACUACAGAAGGACCCGUAACUCCAGGGAUGGGGGUCCUGAUCAAAAGACUGACAACGCAGCGCUACCUGCACAUCAGCGAGAACUGGACGGAGGCGGUGCACAACUCGGACCACUCGCUCAUGUCGUACGAGUUCAGGGUGACCUGCGACCCUCACUACUACGGCAACGGCUGCGCCAACCUCUGCCGACCGCGAGACGACAAGUUCGGCCACUACUCCUGCUCGCUCCAGGGGGACCGCGUCUGCCUCCCCGGCUGGAAAGGCGACUACUGCACCAAACCUAUCUGUUUGCCCGGUUGCGACGACCAGCACGGACAUUGCAGCAAGCCCGGAGAAUGCCUGUGUCACAGCGGUUGGAAAGGGCGUCUCUGCGACGAGUGCGAGCGGUACCCGGGCUGCCUGCACGGGAGCUGCCAGAAACCUUGGGACUGCCUGUGCAACGAGGGCUGGGGCGGUCUGUUCUGCAACCAGGACCUCAACUACUGUACGAACCACAAGCCUUGCCGCAACGGAGGCACCUGCUUCAACACCGGCCAAGGCUCAUACACCUGCAGCUGCCCGCCCGGCUUCGCCGGCGAAAACUGCGAGCAGGAGCUCAACGACUGCGCCCACCAGCCCUGCCUCAACGGCGGAACUUGCAAAGAACUGGGAAACGGCUACAAAUGCGAGUGUCCAAAAAACUGGCUGGGGGCCCACUGUGAGAUCUCGACCAUGUCGUGCGACGACCGGCCAUGUCACCACGGUGGGACUUGCCUCCCGACGGCCCACGGUUACACUUGCCAGUGCGCGCCCGGCUACACGGGCACCGACUGCCAGAACCUCAAGGACCACUGCAACCCGAGCCCUUGCGCCAACGGGGGCACCUGCUCCGUGCUCGCCGGUAACGCGGGCUACACUUGCGCCUGCCCCUCGGGUUUCUCCGGACUCAAAUGCGAAGUGAACAACGACGACUGCCACGGGAACCCCUGCCGCAACGGCGGGACCUGCAUCGACCAAGUGAACAAAUUCCGCUGCCAGUGCAAGCCCGGCUUCGUCGGCGACCUCUGCGAGUCGAAGGUGGACUGCUGCCUCCUGGCGCCCUGCGCCAACGGCGGGACCUGCAUCGUCCUCCCCAACGACUUCCAGUGCAAGUGCCGGCCCGGCUUCACCGGCAAGGACUGCUCCGAGGACGUGAACGAGUGCGCCUCCUCGCCGUGCGCCAACGGAGGCACCUGCGUGAACCGAGUCAACGGGUUCCGCUGCGACUGCGCCGACGGUUUCUCGGGCUCCCUCUGCAAGACGGAAGACGUGGCGACCGUGAGCAACAUCUCGCGGCACGUCUCGAUCCAGGUGGAGGAGUCCGGGCUCACGACGGAGCACAUCGUGGUGAUCGUGACGCUGUCGAUCGCCGUCCCGGCGCUGGUGCUCAUGGCGGCCACGGCCGUCUGGUGCAUGAAGCACCAACGGAAGCGGGAGCAGCAGCGCGCCGACGACCUGGCGCGCAUGCAGAACGAGCAGAACGCCGUCCACAGCCACGUGGCCAAGCGCGGGAACUGCAACGCGCACAUGAUCAAGAACACGUGGACGCCGGGCCCUGGCCCCUGCCCGUACAUCAAGAACAUCGAGGUGAGCCCCGGAGACCCGUGCUUCGUCAAGCCGGUCACCCCCGGAGACCCUUGCUUCGUCAAGCCGAUCACCCCCGGAGACCCGUGUUUCGGCAAGGCGGUCCUCUCUCCGCCCCCGGAUCCGGCGCCCGUCUACACGUUACAGAGGAGUAAGUCCCAGAGCACAGGAUGGAAGAGCGAGUAUGUAUGAGAGUGUAUGCGGCAGUAUGAGUGAGAACCUAGUGACUGUAUUUCCUUUGUGAUCUAAUUAAGAAACGAAACUAAGUCAGAUAAUUUAAACUAAUUUUUAUAAUUUUGUAAUUUUUUAUUUAUUUUUUGUACUAUGGACUAAAACGAGAAUAUUUUCAUGUUGGUAGUUGAUAAUUGACUUUGUUGACCUGAUAUGCAUUUGCAUGUUACUAUGCUCAUGUGUUCAAAGCAUGUCAUUUCUGUUUUGCUCCUAACUCCCCUCUCGACUCAAAUGAACUUUUUGCUGACCAUCAUAUCACGAGGAGGUCUCACCAUGGUGAUACAUACUAACCACCCCACAUGAAGGGAUCCAAAUCGAUGAAAUACAAAUUCUCUCAUAAAUAUUUCGCUUCAUACCUACCUAACUCUCUGCUUUGACCAAAUCCCCCCCCCCUUCCGUUUGUAAAUUACAAAAUGACAAAUUUUGACUUUAUCAGAGUUACCGAUUAAUUGUUAAUGUCAUUGAUAAUUUAUUCAUGUAUUUUUGCCCUCUUUACUCCUUCUAUUUUCUCCACAUAAAGCUAUGAAGGAAGCCAAUUAGAAAGCUAAUAUAAAGGAAAAUAAAGCUUUGUUACCUUUCCAAAUAGCUGAAUAUUUUCUGAUCAGAACGAAGACUAUUUCUGAAAGAUUUUGACUCUGGAAAGCAUCAGAAUUUCUUAUUUUCACGAAACCCUUCUUUUUGGGGACGAUACUAAAUUCUUUUCUGUUUCUCAUAACUUAUUAUUCAAGAACAAAAAAUUACUCAUUUUAAAUUUAACUGAUAUUUAUCUAUUCUAUUAUUAAAUGAUUGCAGCGUUGUCUGACUGAACCAAUUAAAUUUUUCUUGUUUUAAUUUCUCUGGAUGGUUCAAUAGCAAUCUAAUAAUAAUAGUAACAUUAAAUUAUUGUAUGUUUUUCUCUCUAUUCCAAUGCUUGUUUUUGGAAUUCUAAUCCUAGUAUUGUUCCAGUAUUUAAACAAAAUCUAAUUUUUUUGAGUAUUCAAUUAUUAUUACGUAUUAUCUGUAGGAGCAUCUUCUAUCUGUAGGAGCUCUGGUUAUCUUAAAGAGUUUGUGUAAGUACAUACUUUGGUAAUUCCAGAUUGGAAUAUUCUAUCCAAGUUCUCUUAUCAUUGUGCUAAGUAUGCUAUUUAUGAAGCAAACUACAGUUCUUUUUGUGACUUACUCUUGCUCAAAAGUAAUUGAACUCAUAAUUUAUCACUGUCUGUAAAAAAACUUCUUGGAAUUUUCACAAGCAAGAAGUAAUUAUUGCUUAUAUACUUUGCUAAACAUUUUCUAGGUAAUUUAUUUUUUGUAUGUUUUCAUCCAAAAUCUUUUGGAUUAUUUUUUUCUUCUAAUUUUCCUCUCCAAGAAUCCUCCCCCUCCCCUAUCAAAUACAUACAUGUAUCAUACAUCAUCCGUCACAUGAAGCAUUAUUUUGUUUCUUAACCUCCUCAAGACCCUCAAAUUGUUUAACACUACCAAUCAUCAUUAGAAUGAGAGGGUAUGUCUUCAAAAACUCAUUUGUACCCAAACUAUUUGUUGAAAACGUCGUACAUUGCGAGUGACUGUCAAUCGCAAAACCUACUAUGAUUUGUUUUGUUUGAACAAAAAUAAUGUUCCUGUUAAGUUAUGUAUUUACUAAGUCAUAGGUACCUAUGUAAUUAUGAUUUAUUGGUCAGAUAUGGAUUUCAAUUGUAUCCUGCCUAAAAUGGAUCACAUGUAAUCAUUGAAUUCAAACUCAAAAAUUUGAUAAGUUUCAAAGCAUUCUAAAUCCAGCUUUACUGUAAUUUGUAACUUGCUUUUCUACGAAAGUAAUCCAAGCUACUGACAGUCUGCCAUUUUUCAUUCUGAUUUUCCGACACUUUUCAUGGGUAAGUUUUAGUCUCUCUAUUUUAAAUUUCUCGAUGAUCCGCCUAUGUUUGCCUCCGAGCGAUUCUUUCAACUCUUAUUACCCACAUUGCACAAUCUAUUAAUGAAAAAUUAAGAUCUGUCAGUUGGUGCUGAAGAACCUCUUUCCAUUUAAUCUGAUUGAAUGCAAAGAUUCUAAGCUUUUCGUGAAAAAGCAAAAAUUUAACAUGUUUUGCAUAAUUUUGCUGAGUUCAUAUCAGUAUUGCUUUAUUUAUUUCUAGCAUUCAGUUAUUAUUUUAUUUUUUACUGAAAUAAUUCGAAAAACACCCAGUAUUACUAUUAAGCAAUUUCAUAGAAUUUUACGCUCAAAUGCUCAGUUGUUCUGUAUCUUCACAUCACCUAAUACCUAAAAAGAUAUUUUAAAAUUUUUGCCUUAAGUUUUUUACUGUUCAAUUUUUUGAAAUUCUGAGGUACAUCUAAUAUUGUACUUUAAUGUAUUUUUUCAAAGUAGCAGAAAUCCAUCACAUCAAAAAGUUGUCAGUAAUAUUUGCUCUACUAAGUAUUUGUAUCUAUAAGUCAUAGUAAAAUGAAAGUGUAAGUUUGUGUUAACUGUAUUGAAGUCAUGACAAAAAAUUCUAGAUUCAACUCAGACUGACAUUCCUCACAUGUCUUAACACCCCCCCCCCCCCCAUAUUCCCAUUGAAAAGAGCAAAAAAAUAGUGCUUUAUUUUGCAGUUGAAGAGCAAACAAUCUCCGCCCAUGUAAAUUCCUGUGAGUAAAAGUACUCUUGUAGUUCAAGAUUAAAUUGAAACAUUUCUGACCUCUUUUAACAAAAUUUCAAACCAUCCGUAAUUUCUUCAUUGUCCAACAAAUCAUUGUGUUUUUUGUACCCCAAAGAUGAUUAUGUGUAUCCUCUUCUGUAUUAUAUCUUGUAAAUUUUGUAAAAUUAUUAGUUCAACUAAAUUUGCUGAGGAUAUAAAUAAUUAAUUUUGAGCACAUCAUUAUGUGCCUUUUUGUUGCCCCUCAUUUCAUCAAUUAAAUUUCUUCUCCCCGUCAUCUUUGCACCUUUUAAUCUCAGUAAAACUUGGAAUAAUUUGCCCUCUGCAUAGCACCGUCAUUGUUGCCUGAUGUAUUUUUUUCCUUGUCGAAACUUUUCCUUGAGAACCUAGAAACAUUUGUCAUCGGUCAAAAAUUUCCAUGCAGUUGACUUUCAUAACGCAGGUAUCCUCCUUAAUGAUUUGUAUAAGUUUCCAACAUAAUCAUUGAUCAACAUUUUCAUAUUGGUAGCAUAAAAUUUUGACUGAUUUUCAUCUAUGUAGGGAGUUUUUCGCCAUGUUUUAUUUUCCUCAAUCAUUGUCACGUUCUUCUCUUUGACAAUAUAUUUCUAAAUAUUGUAAGUUCAGCCAUGCUCAAAGUUUCUCCGGUUAAAAGAUCUUUUGCGAGAUCGCACCGUGACACCUGUUGUGCCUUACAAUUGGCAAUUUCAGUUAUUUUUGCUAACUUGAAAUCACAGUUCUCUGUUUGCAUGUAUUAAUUUAGCUGUUUUACAAUACUUUUUUUCUUCAAAAUCUUGGUACACGUCAUUUUAGUUUGUUUUUUUACAACUUUCUACUUACUUAGUCGAUUUCCUAGCCGUAGAUGUGUUCUUACAUUACUCGCUUUCGAAUUUUAUAAUUUUAUACACGAAAUUAGCUUUUUACCAUUUUAAUCUACUUGUGCUUAGAAAUACUGCUGAGUAUAUUCCACUGUCUAGUUGAAAUAAAUCUAGAAUUUUUUAUUUUGUAUAAUUUUAGGUAAACUGAUCUCUUAGUAAAUACCUAUUUAUAAUUGUACUUGAAUUUCUCUCUCCUAAUCAAUUUCAGUCAUGUACUGAUCUUCAAAUCCAGGUCUGACCAAUAUUUCAUACAAUUGUUUGUUGUAAUUUAUUGUACUAAUGUACUCUUUUUUUUCUCUUUUUUUAAAUUUCCUCGGAUCUAAGCAUUGUUGUAAAAAGUUUAUACAAAACUCAUAGAUAUUUUGUGUUAUUGUAAAAUAACGUGUACAUUUUUGUAAUUUUCCUGUUUAUAUUUUUGUAUAUAAUGUUAAUAACUGUUCUCUCAUUACGAAUUAAAUAAUGCCAAUAUCUUUGACUAUUUUCAAAA